UCGGUGUACUCCCGGGCGCCGCGCCACGGUGCGCGCCAGAGCUCGGAGCGCCGAGACGCUGCCGCUGGUGCCGGCAGGGCGGGAGCUGCGCCGCGCCCUGGUCCUCGCGCUCGGAGGACAGAUGUGACCAGGAUUAGGGACGCGCGGGCCUAAGCUCGGGUGAAGCGCUUGCAGAGGGCAAGACGGCGGCGACGAGAUGCGAGCGGAGGAGCCUGGCGCCCCUGGCGUCCCGAGCGCCCCGGGGACAGAGCGGGAACCCGGCACCGAGCUGCGCCUGUCCCGCCAGCUGCUGCCAGAGCUCUACACCUUCGUGGCUCGCGUGCUGUUCUACCUGGCGCCCGUCUACCUGGCCGGCUACCUGGGGCUCAGCAUAACCUGGUUGCUGCUCGGCGCCCUGCUGUGGAUGUGGUGGCGCAGGAACCGCCGCGGCAAGCUCGGGCGCCUGGCUGCAGCCUUCGAAUUUCUGGACAACGAACGCCAGUUCAUCAGCCGCGAGCUGCUGGGCCAGCACCUGCCGGCCUGGAUCCACUUCCCGGACGUGGAGAGGGUGGAAUGGGCCAACAAGAUCAUCUCCCAGAUCUGGCCAUACCUGAGCAUGAUCAUGGAGAACAAAUUCCGGGAGAAGCUGGAGCCCAAGAUCCGGGAGAAGAGCGCCCACCUGCGGACCUUCACCUUCACCAAGCUCUACUUCGGACAGAAGUGCCCCAGGAUCAAUGGCGUCAAGGCGCACACCAACAGACGCAACCGAAGACAGGUGACCCUGGACCUGCAGAUUUGCUACAUCGGCGACUGUGAGAUCAGCGUGGAGCUGCAGAAGAUGCACGCUGGCGUGAACGGGAUCCAGUUGCAGGGCACCCUGCGGGUCAUCCUGGAGCCCCUGCUGGUGGACAAGCCCUUUGUGGGCGCUGUGACCAUGUUCUUCCUUCAGAAGCCGCACCUGCAGAUCAACUGGACGGGCCUGACCAACCUGCUGGAUGCGCCGGGGAUCAACGAGGUGUCAGAUAGCCUGCUGGAGGACCUCAUCGCUGCCCACCUGGUGCUGCCCAACCGCGUGACUCUGCCUGUGAAGAAGGGGCUGGACGUGACCAACCUGCGCUUCCCUCUGCCCUGCGGGGCGAUCAGAGUCCACCUGCUGGAGGCGGAGAAGCUGGCUCCGAAAGACAACUUCCUGGGGCUUGGGGGCAAGUCAGACCCCUACGCCAAGGUGAGCAUCGGCCUGCAGCACUUCCGGAGCAGGACUGUCUACAGGAACCUGAGCCCCACCUGGAAUGAGGUGUUUGAGUUCAUGGUGUACGAAGUCCCCGGGCAGGACCUGGAGGUGGACCUGUAUGAUGAGGACCCCGAUAGGGACGACUUCCUGGGCAGCCUGCAGAUCUGCUUGGAGGACGUCAUGACCAACAGAGUGGUGGAUGAGUGGUUUGUCCUGAACGAUACAACCAGCGGGCAGCUGCACCUGCGACUUGAGUGGCUUUCACUGCUCACUGACCAGGCAGCGCUGACUGAGGACCCUGGCGGCCUCGCCACUGCCAUCCUCAUGGUCUUCCUGGAGAGCGCCUGCAACCUGCCGAGAAGCCCUUUCGACUACCUGAACGGUGAAUACCGAGCCCGCAAACUCUCCAGAUUUGCCAGGAACAAGGUCAGCAGAGACCCUUCUUCCUACGUCAAGCUGUCUGUAGGCAAGAAGACAUACACGAGCAAGACCUGUCCCCACAGCAAGGACCCUGUGUGGAGCCAGGCGUUCUCCUUCUUUGUGCACAACGUGGCGGCUGAGCGGCUCCAUCUGAAGGUGCUUGAUGACAACCAGGAGUGCGCUCUGGGAGUGCUGGACGUUCCCCUGUGCCAGCUCCUCCCCUACGCCGACCUCACUCUCGAGCAGCGCUUCCAGCUGGACCACUCGGGCUUGGACAGCCUCAUCUCCAUGAGGCUGGUUCUUCGGUUCCUGUGUGUGGAGGAACGAGAGCUGGGGAGCCCAUACACGGGCCCUGAAGCCCUAAAGAAAGGCCCUCUGUUCAUCAAGAAGGUGGCCACCAGCCAGGGUCCCGAAGCCCCAUGCCACGAAGAAGGCCCUGCUGAUCUGCCACCACCCCUGGACUCUGCUCCUGCCACCCAGGAAGUCUCCGAGACCACCCCAGCCGCCAGCAGUACCAGCACUGCUGCCACCCAGCCCCUACCCCAAGAGAAGGGCCCAGGGCCCAAAGGCAAGGACAGUGCCAAAGGGUUCUGUGAGCCCCUGGGGGAGAAGAAGAGCCCAGCCACCAUCUUCCUGACUGUCCCAGGCCCCCACUCUCCAGGGCCCAUCAAGUCACCCAGGCCCGUGAAAGGCCCUGCCUCCCCAUUCGUAUGGCCGCCCAAGAGGCUGGCUCCCAGCAUGGCCUCACUCAGCUCCCUGGCCUCUUCCUGCUUUGACCUGACAGAUGUCAGCCUCAACACCGAAGGCGAGGAUGGCAGGCAGCGGCGGCUGGGCGAGGUGCGGCUCACGGUGCGCUACGUGUGUCUGCGACGCUGCCUCCGCGUGCUGAUCAAUGGCUGCAGAAACCUGACACCAUGUACCAGCAGCGGGGCUGACCCCUACGUCCGUGUCUACCUGUUGCCAGAAAGGAGGUGGGCGAGUCGUAGGAAGACCUCAGUGAAGCGGAAGACCCUGGAGCCCCUGUUCGACGAGACAUUUGAAUAUUUUGUUCCCUUGGAAGAAGUCAAGAAGAGGUCACUAGAUGUUGCAGUGAAAAACAGUCGGCCACUGGGCUCACACAGAAGAAAGGAGUUAGGAAAAGUCCUGAUCGACUUAUCAAAAGAAGAUCUGAUUAAAGGUUUUUCCCAAUGGUAUGAGCUGACUCCAGAUGGACAGCCCAGAAGCUGAUGAGACAUAUUACCAUGUUUGUUAAAAUGUAUAUAUAUUUAAUGUGUGUAUGUAUAUAUUGUCAUUUAAAUCAGAACAGUCAUCUGACAUGACACAUGACUGGACAGUAUUAGGAAGAGGUAGAGUUAUGUCAGGUCAAACUUUCUCUUGAUUAGAUUUGUUCAAAUCCAGACAAAAGUUUUGGUGUCUGUAUGUCACUGGCAGGUGAUUACGUGCCAAUUCAGCAAGUGUCCUUUGCUGACGGGGAGAACAGCCGCCAGUGUUCCCCGGCAGUUACUUUUAACCCACAACUAAUACUGCCAAAGCCCUCUGGCUGCCCCUGUGGGGCCUGCCUGCCCAGAGUGUUUUGCUACCUGAGUCGUACUGGCAAUGAUGUUACAGUGAUAUACUUAAGGAGUUAAAUAUGCUUCUGGCAGGGCAGUGGAAACUGCUGGAACAGAAAGGGAGCUUCCUAUGGCUUAGGAAUUUUAUUCCCACUUCUCUAAGAGAUGGCUGGCUCACCUUUGUUAAAAGCAAAACAUGUAUUUAAAUAAAUGCUCCUCUUGCAUUUCAGACUUUGUAAGAUCAAAUGGAUUUGUUGGCCCCUCUGAGUUCUUACAGGUGCUGUUGAGGUCGUUUCUUCUUUCUUACUCAAUUAAGCAAGACCCCUGUCAUCACUUGCCCGUUCUCACCGUGCCUUCCUAUGCUGUCACUUUUCAGAAGGGCAACAUCCUAAAGCAAAUCUUGUCCUGUUACUCUUCCUUGUAAAUUGUCUAUGAUGUUCUUUCCAUCAAGUCCACAUACUAGGCCCUGCUGACUCCAGGCUGUCUGUUAAACAAGCACAUACUAAAGUCAUCACUGCAUUUCCCAGGCUUGCAAUGUUAAAAUCCUUAAAGUGGUUGGUAUUUAAUGUUUCUGUUCACUGGCCUUUGAACUCUGAGUUAUUUGAAUGGUUUACCCUUUUCAUUUUGGCUGCAAUUAAUAAAAUGGGGCAAUUUGAUGCCCAUCCUGA